UUUCCCUCAUCACGCUGCUGCUCACCCAGUGCCCACUCCCUCCCCCCCCUUUGGCGAAUUCAUCCACCCGCCCUCCCGUCAUCCAUCAUCUCGCCGUCUCGAGCAUCGUCAAAAAUCCCUCAGCGCCAGACGCGCUGGGAUGUGCGCCCCCCCUCUUCUCUUCGUCCUCGCGGGCGCCGUGCUUGUGUACGAAGUACGCUCGCUUGCAUAUGCCUGCCGCUGUCCAGCAUCGCCCAGGCCUGGUGUCGACAUGGCGGGCUUCCUCCGCCUCCUCCCCGGGCUGUUGGUGCCCAGACAGGCGUUGCUCGUGCGACCCUAGUCGCGUGAGCUCGCUCGAUACGUGGGGAGCUGCUGAGAGCUGAGCUUCCCCCCGGGGUGACACAGGUAUAAGCAUAAUCCAAUAAAGACAUGCGCGGUCUUAUUAUCGUUCGCGGGCGGCUCCCUGCUCCAUUUCUGCUGCGACAUUUGCCCGCGCCCGUGUCCCAUCUCUGUUCAGCCUGCGUACCGAGUGCUGUGCUGUACGUUCGUACGUGCAAAGUACAGAGACGUACGAGCGCUCGUAGGUGUCACCAACGCCAUCCUCCUCCGGGCUCGCUUGUCCCACCCUCGCCCGAAACGUCACCACCGAUCGCCCUGUCCCUGUCCUCUCCGUUGCCCGUCCUACCUCCCCCCUGAAUCGACUUGCCUUGCCUUGCCUUGCACCGCCUCGCUGCGCCCCGACUCUCCAGCGAGCCAACGGCUUCUUUCAACUCUCCCAAAUCAGUCUAGGCCCCCCCUUUCCCCCAGCUACAUGGAAGCAGCCACCUCGGCAAGUCUCCGGUGCGAUGCUCAGGCAAACGACAUUGGCAGUGCGGCUGGCAGUGACGACGGCGGCGGCGACGGCGACUGUUCGGACGGCGACGGUUUAUGCAGCCAGCACGAUCCCGGGAGAGACGCUGAUAUCGUCGAGGGCGAGCCCAAGGGAGGACUCGGCUCCAUCCUAAACAUCCCGAUGAAAGAUGCUUUAUUGCGAUUCAUCGAGACCUGGGCCUCGCGGGUGGACAGCCUCUGCGGCGCGUCCGAAUCCCCCGAGUUUGAGGCCCUCCACCAGUUUGGCAGCCCGGACAUCGUCACCGAGCACCACGGCGGUCAACUCGGGCGAGUGGGCGCCUACCUUGGCUUGCUGCGAGACAUCAUCUUCUCGUCAUGGCUGAAUUCGCUCCUCGUGUUCUUGCCGGUAGCUCUGCUCAGCGUCCAUGCGAGGCAGAGCCCGCUCUUUGUCUUCGCCUCCAACUCCAUCGCCGUCGUGCCGCUCUCGGUGCUGCUGACGGACGCAACGGAGAGAAUCGCGGUGCACGCAGGCGACACCAUCGGAGCGUUGCUGAACAUCAGCCUCGGCAAUCUGGUUGAGCUGAUCCUCUUCGUUGUUGCGCUUCGAAACAACCAAGUUGAAAUCGUCCGGGCCUCCAUCCUGGGGUCGAUUCUCGUCAACAUGCUCCUCAUCCUGGGUUCUGCCCUCGUGGCAGGGAGUAUCCUCAACUGCGACCCGACGUACAACACGGCGGAGGCACAGCUGCUCGCGUGCCUCUUGUUUGUCUCCGUCUUUGUCUUUCUCGUGCCAACCGCGUUCGACUACACCUUUGACCCGGCCAAGGGCACCAAUGCCGCGAGCCUGCACAUGAGCCGAGUGUCGUGCAUUCUGGUCCUGGCAAUCUACGCCAUUUACGUCGUUCACGAGCUCCGCUCCGGCUCCCGCAACCAUACUGGCACCGUGCCCUCGGACGACUCGGACCUAGAAAGCACGCACUCGGCCCAGUCGUCCCAUCCCUAUGGCCGUCAUCCUCAGCCCAUGCCUCAACCCGUGUCCGGGUCGCAGAUCCUGCCGCCACGCACCAUUCGCUUCGCUGACGAGGGCCCAUCUGGCAGUUCUCUGUCUCAGAAGCCUAGCGUGAGCCGAAUAGAGUUGGGGACGCUCCAGCCCCCCGAGUCGGAGGACUACCCGCCGUCCGACUAUCGCGAGCGCCGCAGCUGCGACUCGGACAGCGUCUGGUCGCGCCCCAACUCGCACCAGCCGCUCAUUCGGUCCCGCAUGCAUUCUAGAUCAUUGUCUUCGGUCAGCCGAGGGCGGCGCAUGAGCCGCGAGUCGUCCCUGAACAGAGGCUUCUCCCGCUCCAACUUAACAACCCUGCACAUGCUCCGCGAUUCCCAUCGCCAGGAUCGCGAAGCGUCGGUAGAUCUCGGGACCGCAUCGUCAGCGAUGGACGGGCCACGGCCUUCGGCCUCUGCCGAGGUCGUCAUCUCCAUAGCGGUGCUCGUCGUCUCAUCGGCCCUCAUGUCCCUCUGCGCCGAGUUCCUCGUUGGGACCAUUGACGAAGUCACCAGCCAGACCAGCCUCUCGUCCUCGGUCAUAGGCCUCAUCAUCCUCCCCAUCGUCGGCAACGUCGCAGAGUACGUCACCGUGGUCGCCGUCGCCACGCGGGACAAGAUGGACCUCGCGCUUGCCGUGGCCGUGGGCUCAGCGAUCCAAAUUGCGCUGUGCGUCACGCCCCUGACGGUACUCGCCGGCUGGGCGCUCGGCAAGGACCUCGCGCUGGUCUUUAACUUUUUCGAGAUGGCAACACUUCUGGGAGGCGUGCUGCUGGUCAACUUGCUGGUGUUGAACGACGCCGGCGGGAGCUUGAGGUUGAGCGGGCUCAAGGGCGGGCUCAUGUGUGCCUGCUACGUCAUCAUUGGACUUGGGGCGUAUUUUGCACCGACAGCUAGUGGGUGAGCAUUUCGACAGUACCAUCAUCAGAAUCACCUCGUCUUGAAGAGCGCGCAUACUCGGAGUAUAGCUGGCAUCUACAUGCAUUUUUCGUAUCUAGUAACUCGUAUCUCAUCAUGGA